GCAGAAGUGAGUGUCAAGUGAAGACUGGAGCACAGUGGAGCAUGGUUCCUGUAGCUGAACUACAGUGAGCAAAUCCACUGGACACAGUAUAAUCUGGGUCCUUUUUCAACACAGCCAUGGGUCAGUUAUUCUCUGAUACAUCUAAGGAUGAAGACAGUGGAGAUUUGGAGUCCAGCUUCAUUGCAUAUUUUAAGAAGAUUAAAACAGAAAACAAAAUCAUUCCUCAGGAAACCAUCCGUUUAAUAGAAUUACAUCUGAAAAAAGGAAACAUUCAGGGGGCACACUCUGUAAUCAAUGAUGCAUUAAAAAAUGUCAAUAAAGUCCCAAUCAACAUUGCUGUGACAGGAGAGUCUGGAGCAGGGAAGUCCAGCUUCAUCAAUGCCCUGAGGGGGGUUGGACAUGAAGAGGAAGAUGCAGCUGAAAUUGGAGUAAUAGAGACAACUAUGAAGAGAAAGCCAUACAAACACCCACAAAUUAAAACUUUGACUUUAUGGGACCUGCCUGGCAUUGGAACUAUGAACUUUCCACCAAAAGAUUAUUUGGAGAAAGUGGAAUUUCAAGAGUAUGACUUCUUCAUUAUUGUUUCUGCCAUACGUUUUACAAAACUUGAACUAGACCUUGCCAAAGCAAUCAGAUUUAUGGGAAAGAAUUACUACUUUGUGAGAACCAAGGUGGACACGGAUUUAGACAAUGAAAAGAAAUCCAAACCACGGACCUUUGACAGAGAAAAGAUCCUGCAGCAGAUCAGAAGCUACUGUGUGAAUACCUUUCGUCAGAAUAACAUGGAAGCACCAGAGAUUUUCUUGAUUUCUAACAACCAUUUAUCUGACUAUGAUUUUCCAGUUCUGAUGGACACCCUGAUAAAGGAUCUUCCUGCUGAAAAGCGCCACAAUUUUAUGCUUUCUUUGCCUAAUAUCACGGAGGCAGCCAUUGACGGAAAGCGCAACUCUAUGCAGCAGUAUAUCUGGUUGGAAGCCUUCAAGUCUGGAAUUUUGGCUACUGUUCCUGUAGUGGGCAUCCUCAGAGAUGAUGUGGAGAAAUUGAAGAAGAAGCUAAACUACUAUCAAGACCUCUUUGGAGUGGAUGAUGAAUCCCUGGAAUUCAUGGCUAAGGAUUCCCAAGUGCCUCUUGAACGACUGAAAGAAAUCAUUAAAUCUCCUUAUUUGUUGGACACUAAGAAAGAAGAAACAUUUGGAGAGACAUUUUUGAAAUAUGUGGAGAAAUUUGCCUCAGCUAAUGGUGGGCUCCUUGCUACAGGUCUUUAUUUUAGGAAAACCUUUUACAUGCACCUUCUUUUCCUUGACACGGUGACUGAAGAUGCCAAAGUUCUCCUUAGAGAGACGUUUAAAAAAAAGAACUAGUUAAAACUCAACUCACCCACAGUUACUAACCAUGAAAACAUCAAAUGGUUAAUACCAGGGAGUCAUUAGAUAAAUUCCUGCUCCUGACAUAUUUUCUUUACACUACUCAAUUGUUAUAGACUAUUAUUUUAAGGUAUGUUACUUUUGCUUAUGCUGCAUUUGUUUAACUCUGUGAAACUGUAUUACUGUGCCUGUGUAAAAUAUCUGAUGGUCUAAUAAAGAACUGGCCAAUAGCAAGGCAGGAGAAAGGAUAGGUGAGGCUGGCAGGCAGAGAGAAUAAAUAGAAGGAGAAAUCUGGGAGAGAGCUAGGAGACAGAGAAGGAGAAGGACUCCAGGGGCCUGCC